AUGGCAUGGCUGCCCAUGGCUCUGUGCACUUGUGCUGACCCCGGCACGGAAAGCAUUCUUGGUUCAGUUACGGGCGCUUGCGCUUGGAGAAGCGGGUGGAGGCUUCAGGGCAACGCGCAGCCAGUCGACCGUUCGGAGCCUGAUGGAGGGCGACGAUUCGCAGUGAGUCCCUGCGCGGCGGCAGUAAGUGCAGAGCCCAAUUGGCUCUCGGCUGCCCCUAGUCUUCGUCUACUUCCACCAUCAAUGCCGUUGCAAAGCCAACAACAGCCCAGUCGAAGCCUUCCGUUUUAUGAGCUCAUUGUUGAAGAUGCCUCACCCGGGGGGCGUUUUCAGUCAAGAGCUGAGAAGGGAAACCUAGCGAGCAGGAUACUUAGGUGGGUUACUACCAGCGCAAACCUCGUUUCCUGA